AUGGCCACCAUUUCUCGUUGCAAUGAUUCAAUGUCCAUAUUCUUCAUCUUGGUACUUGCAGUCCUCAUACUCGCAACUGCGACGGACGUCCAAGAAGUGAAGGUUGUGACGGUUGAGAGAACGGUUGAAGCAGCAACAGUCACCAUUCAGGCGACGCCUACCGCUCCCAGCCCUGCCUCAUAUACUUCACUGAAGGACUUCAAAAACACCAUUCUAAGUGUGAGCAAUGAAUAUCGGUCUACACACGAUGCCGAACCAUUGUUGUGGAAUGAGACUCUAGUGAAAUACGCGAAGAAUUGGGCAGAGACUUGUAUUUGGAAACAUUCGGGUGGUCCAUACGGCGAAAAUCUUGCUUUUGGAUAUGCGAAUGCCUCCGCUGCGGUUGCAGCCUGGGGUGAUGAAGGGGAAUUGUACAAUUUCCACAAACCUACCGGUUUCACUGAAAAAACCGGCCAUUUUACCCAGCUUGUAUGGAAGUCCACGACUGAAGUCGGAUGCGCCACCAUCAACUGCGGAUAUACUCAAGACAACAAAUCCCGAAGAGAGGUCGAUAAUGGAAGCGCGAGUCCACUGGUUGCUCGAGAACCGGAUGGGAGCACCCGAGCACAGGGCUGGUAUGUGGUGUGCGAGUAUACUCCAGCCGGCAAUGUGGUCGGAGAUCGCGACAAGUACUUCAAAUUGAAUGUAAAACCCACGAGUUCAUCGCAAACGACCAGCAGCGCCUCGACCGGUCAAUCCACCGGCGGGGGGACGGUAAAGAACGGUGUGGGAUCAACAAUACGGACAAUGCUCUUGGCCUUGGCCACGGUAGCGAUUGGGAUGAGCUUAUAUACAUAG